AUGGUGUUCUUGAUUGUUUUCGAAACUGCACUUCCUCGCCCACUCUCCUUCCAAUGGGGUCAUGAUAUCUAUGAGGCCUGUCCAGUUUGUGUCCGUGCUCACGAGCUCAGAACCUGCGAUGGCGAGACCAAAGUCACCUUUGAGAUUUGUCAGAAGCACAAAGACAUAACCGAAUCCACCGCAUUAGAUGAAGCCGUUCUGAAAGAGCUCCGUACAUUGGUCCACCCGUUGUACUCGCCUGUGCCGACGUUCCCCACAGUCACGAGCACAAUUACAUUCAAGUCAAGAGAAGACCUGCGCAAGGAGGUCAAGGUAACCACGGUGACCGAGAACACUACAGUUACCCAGCGAACUCCCACAAAGAAAGGGCAUACCACAGAGGCUGGCAGGAUGCAUCACAUUCCGGGCGAAAGUGCUUCGGGCAGGGUACGUGAGUUGGGUCUGCCGCAGCCCAAAAUCACAUAUGCCCACGGCGGCGGGUGUAUCUACUCGGACGAACCGGACCUGGUGUUCAAGCCGAGGACGGCGGUGGUCGAGACGGACCAGCACGCGCGAGAGAGGCUGAGGAACAUCGCCGCUCUGCUGGACAGCGGCAUCAGUUGCAACCUAGGGCCCGAGCUCGACAUCGACCCGGACGCGGACAUGCAUGCUCUGUUGGGCGAGGAUACUGUUCUAGAUCUGGGCAGGUACCAAUCUACUUCCACUUUGCCGCCCAGCGACUUCACCGACAGCCAGCCUACUACUCCGGCGGCUCUUGUGCGACGCAUGAUCAAUGUCGCUGCCCACGAUGAGGCCCGCGCCAUCCUCUCCGCCGAGAAGGAGCGCUUGGAGGAAUAUCUCGCCACCAGCUCCUUAGCCAAGGCGCUGUACUUCAAGCGAUGCAAUGGGCAGUGGGUCAAUGCCGUGGGCGAUGUGCUUGUGGUCGAUGGUAGUGACAAGGGCAACGGUCACAACCACAGCUCAGGAGGUGAGGAGCCUGGAAACAGCAGAGGACAAGACCUCGCGGGCGACGAGGCAAGGGGUUGUGGCCAGGUGAAGGGGAAGAAAGAAAAGGAGAAAGAGGGCGCAGUAGUGUCCAAGGAUGGCCAGCUCCGAGGUACUCAUGAUACUGACCCUGUCUUGCCUGUCCUGCCCCAAGGUCCCCUCGCCGUGGAAGUCCUCGAGACAACCUCAUCGCCGCUAGCCAUGACUUUUACGCCGAGCAUGACACCCGGCAGCAGCACAGCAACCGCAAGCGUUUCCUCCCGAUCCCACGGGAGUCCUGGUUCAUCCUCACGCAGCAGCGGUGGCAGCGACAGCGACACCGGUGACGACGGCGACAUCGGUCCGUUGAAAGCUACAGCCUGUGCCACGACCACGACCGAAAGGGACGAAGAACCCGGGACUACCGACCCAGCCACGUCGUCUGGAUAUGGCUAUGGCUAUGGCGUCCCCUUCGGCCGCCAGCGCGAUGAUACCACCACGCCGAAUCCCAUUCUCCCAAGCGCCCGCGCCUUGCUUUCGUCUUGUUCGUCGCCUCGUAUACACUCAUCCUCAUCCUCCGCUUUCGCUGGGAUUCAGACCGAUUUGCCCCAUCCUCACGACACCCCGUCCACCCCAUCGUUCGGAUACGACAUGCUCCAGAGUCGCGAACAGCUCGUCCGCGCCGGCCAAUGCACCGACGAGGACCUCUGCAUGACCUGCUGGGGGUAUAACCGCUUAUUCAAGGGCGGGCACACAGCCUGA